UUGUACAUAGCUAGAAACUUCCCUCGUCGAAGCCUCCUCUUCAAACUCAAGCUUUUCUUCGUCCGUUUCUCUCCAAAAGUUCAAACUACGCUGCUCUGCUCAACUAGGGUUUUCUUCUUCCUCAACAAUGGCUGCCGACGGUUCCGUAGCUCUCGCAGUAAAACAACAGGUGCAGGAUUUCUUAAAUGCUGCUCUUACCGGAAACCUUGAAUUCUUCAAGAAAAUGGCGGAGAAAUUGGAUGAUGGGCAAGGGUUGUCAAAGACAGUGGCGGAUGUUAAGGAUGCUAAUGAUCGAACCGCCCUUCAUUUUGCGGCAAGAGAAGGACAGACUGAAGUUUGCAAGUAUUUGUUGGAGGAAUUGAAGCUUGAUGUCAAUGUGAAAGAUGCAGAGGGAGAGACUCCUUUAGUUCAUGCAGCCAGACAAGGACAUAUUGCUACUGUCAAUUAUCUUCUCGAGCAUGGUGCUGAUCCUGCAAUUCCUAGUGAUUUAGGGGCUACAGCUUUACAUCAUGCUGCUGGAAUAGGAAAUCUUGAAUUGAUGAAGCUAUUACUUUCAAAGGGUGCCCCUGUUGAUUCUCAAAGUGAUUCUGGCACUUCUUUGAUUUGGGCUGCUGGGCAUGGACAAAAAGAUGCUGUAGAAGUUCUAUUAGAGAACCAUGCUAAUCCAAAUUCUGAAACUGAUGAAAGUAUAACCCCAUUGUUAUCAGCUGUGGCGGCUGGCUCACUGGCAUGCUUAGAGCAAUUAAUUCAGGCUGGGGCAAAGGCCAAUAUCUCUGCAGGUGGCACAACACCAUUGCAUAUUGCUGCCGAUAUUGGUGCCUGUGAUCUUAUUAAUUGCUUAUUGAAAGCUGGAGCUGAUCCAGACGCUACAGAUGAGGAUGGCCAGAAGCCAGUUCAGGUUGCUGCUACAAGAGGGAAUAAAAGUGCAGUUGAGAUACUACUUCCCUUGAGUACACCAGUUGAAUCUAUUCCUGACUGGACAAUUGAUGGAAUUAUCCAACAUAUGAAGUCUGAAGCUAAAAAACAAGAGGAGCUUGCCAGAGGUUUCAAGAAACUUAAUUCAGAAAGUAAUACAAACUUAUCAAGAGAAGAUUUGCCUGAGGUGACACCUGAAGCAAAGCAGAAAGCUGCAGAGGCAAAGUCACAAGGUCAUGACGCUUUCAAGAGGAAAGACUACACAUUAGCUAUAGAUGGAUACACACAGGCUAUUGAUCUAGACCCUACUGAUGCCACAUUGUACUCGAAUAGAAGUCUCUGUUGGUUUCUUGUGGGACAAGCUGAGCAAGCCUUAGCCGAUGGUAAGAUAUGUAGAUCAUUAAGACCAAACUGGGCCAAGGCUUGCUAUCGUGAGGGUGCAGCUCUACGUCUUUUGGAGAGGUUUGAGGAAGCAGCCAAUGCAUUUUACGAAGGCGUGCAACUUGACCCCGAAAGUAGGGAGCUAGUAACUGCUUUUAGAGAGGCAGUUGACGCUGGGAGGAAAUUUCACGAGAGAAAUGAAGCAAAAUAAGUGGGCUGCUGCUGCAUUACGACCAUGGAAAAUAGAUUAGAAAUUGUUACUAUGGAAAUUUUGUAUCUAGGCAAUACAGGGUGCGAUACUCCGUCAAUGAUUCAAUAUUUAAAGUUCCUGCACGCAUAAAGUGUACAAUAACUUUAUUGAACAUUGUGAUGUUUUUUACCCAGGUAAACAGGUUAUUGUAACUUUUAUCUAGCUUUUUACCCAGGUAAACAGGUUAUUGUAACUUUAACGUGUUUUGGUUUAUUUUUAUAUUAUGAGAAAAAAUUUGAUGGAUAA